AUGAAUCCAAAAGAUUGUGUACUCGAGUACAAUCGAUUCCUAGAAUCUCUUCCGGAAUGGCUCCGUUCUAAUCAAAUGUAUCUUUGUCGUCUUUGCGGCAAAUAUUCGAACACAACUGAAACUGAUAUUUUUUGUGGGAGUACCGCUACCGGUAAAGAUACUGGUGGGCAUUAUAAUAGUAAUAGCUCUGUAAAUACGGAUAUUUGGAGUGGAGUAAGUAUUGAUCGACAGCAUGAGUUUAUUCGUCUGGAGAACUUGAACAAUCUCAUGCUUGAAUUGGACACAUUGGAAAAAGCUUUUGAUCAUCAUCAAUUUUCAAACCAUGAAUUUCGACGAAUAUUGUCUGCCAAAGAAUUGCAAGGCGUCUCAGUUAAUUUGAUUAGAAUGAGGAAACAUUUACAAGACAGUUUAACCGUGCCAAUGGUUGUCUUUGCUAAUAAGAAUUCUGAUGAAUUUCGCCCAAAAAAUGAAACCGAGGUUUUAAUAUCCACAACUGAGACUUCUAAAGAAGCCGAAGUACAGCAAUUAAAAUAUAUAAAUCUAAAAACUGCCACAACAGCAUAUUGCAAGUCUUUAUUGACCACAAAAACGGUAUCAAUUCCUAUCAAAAAGAUACGCAAUAAACGCUCAUUCAACGACUAUACUGGCAAUGAAAACUCUCGACCAAUAAACUUUUUUAACGAAAUGAGAGAAUUAUUUUUGCAACCGUCGAAUAAUAAUGACAACGACAAUGGCAUCAAAAAAAUACAAGAGCGAUAA